AAAAAAGCGAAAAACAUAUGUUCAUGAUAAAAUAAGCUGAACUAUGCCAAGUGUUCGUCCCGAUAGUGUCCCGAUCAUCCCUUUUGAGCCUGAACAAAGUAUUUGCACGGGGCACAAUAGGCAGACAUUAACAAUGUCAUUUGUAUUUUUUUGUGCUUUAUCACGCUUGAUCUCGGACCUCUCCACUUUCUUUUCACACAGCCCUUGGGGAGAUGCUGGCUUGCUUGGCUCCAUUACUUCCUUGUUUAGUCACUCCAAUAAUGCGCAAUAUCAUAACUGCUCACACUAUCUUGUUAGGGUAAAUACACGAAAAACUAAAGCAAGAAAUGAAGCAAACAAAAACUUUAGAAUGCAAAAAUAGAAUACAAUAAGCCAACAGUGUACCACACUUUAUUGGAAAGCAUUUGUAUGCAACCAAAGUAAAAUUUAUAAAGUCACUAUAUGUGACUAGGCCAUUUUAACUGCAAUAUGUCUUGUUCGUAUGUAGCCUUGUCUUUAAAAAAUCUAUAAUUAAUUUGUCUUAUGGUACAUAAAGUAACAGGAAAAAAAGGCUUCAUCGACAACCAUAUUUGCUUACAUUAGAGCAAUGUUGUUCUGAAUAGGUCUGAUACCAUUAACUUUACACCUUUAAGUGUUUUUACUUGUCAAGUCUAAUCCCUCUUAUGGUUUUUAUACAGAUCUUACUUUUUGGUGGAGAAGAGGACCUGGAAAAUACAAUGAAUGCAAUAGGAACUACGUGCUAUAGCAGAUACACAGAACUGUAUGCGCCCAUUAUAAUCAACAAUGAAGAGGACUCAGGAAGUGAUGCAGCCAGUCUUGAUCUUCCAGAGGAUUCUGAGGUGGAAAAGCUCUCCGCACCAGAAAUAAUUGCAAACCUGGCACUCCAAAUUGACCGCCAUGCUGUAAACAGACUUAACAUCUGCCGGUCGGACAUCUGGGAUGGAGCCGUCAGAGGAUUCAAAAGGGCAACAUUCUCUGAAAAGAAGGAUCUCCAAGUGAAGUUUUCAGAUGAUGCUGGCAGGUUUGAGGAUGGUAUUGAUACAGGUGGACCAAAAAGGGAAUUCCUCUCACUCCUGAUGAAAACUCUGAAGGAACGAUUCAUAUUUGAUGGACCUGCAGAAAGUCGCUUCCUUGUCUACAAUUCCAAUGCAAUCAGAGAGGAUGAGUAUAGUUUGGCAGGGAAGAUGAUUGCCAUGUCCAUAGUUCAUGGUGGACCUGGCCCAAAUUUCCUUUCAAGGGAUUUGGUCAACUACAUCUCAGGGCAGUCCAGUUUCCACUCAUCUGUAACAGACGUUACAGAUGAAGAAAUAGGGAAAGUGUUACGAGAGAUCCAGAAUGCUUCCUCAUUGCAGACCCUCAGAGAAUUAAUGGUACAGCACAGUACCAUGUUGCAAACUGCAGGGUGCUUAAACCGUGUUAAUUCAUUGGAGGAAAAGCACUCCAUAGUGAAUGAGUACCUCAGGUGGUACAUAAUUGAAAGGAAUCACAGCGCAAUCGAAAGAUUCAAGAAUGGACUUACUACUUUGGAGUUUUUAACAGCCCUGCAGCAACAUCCUAACGUUCUGGCUCCUGUCCUGUGCCACUCUGAGACAAAGUUAUCUGCUGUGGACAUGGAAAAUCUCUUCCAACCAGAGCUUAGUCCAGAUGGCAGCAACCGGCGAGCCCAGGAGAACAAGACAGCAAGUUUAUGGGCCGACUACCUUUUUGACUGUGAAGAAAAUAACGAGGUGACCCUGGAAGAUGUACUUAUGUUUGCAACAGGUGUGCCAUCUAUUCCUCCUGCUGGUAUGGACCCUCAGCCACGUCUUCAAUAUAUUAACACCUCAAAAUUCCCCAUGGCAAAUACGUGUGCGAACACUUUAAAGCUGCCCCUUUUGGACAGCUACAUUACAUUUAAGCACAAUAUGAACUUUGGGAUUAAGAAUUCCCGUGGCUUUGGAUGCCUUUAGUCAGCAUGCAGCUGUUGCUAUUUUGGGCCAGAUCUGUAAAAGUUUUGGAUUCUAGUUGUGUGGGUUCUAUGCGUGUGUAUAUACAUAUAUUAGUUUUACUGCAUUAGUUUGUUCCCAAAUUUUUAUGUUUUGUUGUAUAGUUUGGUCUGAAAGACAACACAGUGUUACAAUGAUAUUGUUAUAACCAACUGUUUAUAACAUUCUUUACUUUAUCAUUUUGACCAACAGUUGCUGUAUUGCUUG